AUGAUGAAAAAAAUAUCAAAAUCACAAAGAUAAAUUCAAACCGGUUUUUUAAAACUCAUAAAUAGUUAAUCUGAUUAGGUCUAUAUACUAUACCUUAAGUUCACUUGGGUUAAUGGAGAAUUUUCGGAUAGUUAAAUCAUUCAAAAUUUUCAAAACCAUCUUAAGGAAAGUAAAUUAAGAUCUUAGGAGAUAAUAUACUUACAAGAAGAAGAAUUAUUAUACUAUAGGAGGUGAAACU